AUGGCUCCUGGAUCUCGAUCACCCACUUUGCGCGCCUCGACGGACCCCUUCGGCACUGAUGCGGAAAAGGCACGCGACGAUGUUGCAGGGCAACAAGCCAUAUACGAUCAUUCAGAGCGACGGCGUUCAUCCCUCAAGGAGGCAUGGCGACGUCGCAGCGAGUACCAGAACGUAGAUCCCUUUGCAGACGAAGGCGAUGAAGAUGAUGUCAAAUACCUCAUGAUUGCGGAAACCAUCUCCCUCGGGAUUCUGUCCCUGCCGUCGGUCUUAGCGACGAUUGGUAUGGUGCCCGGAGCGAUCCUGAUUUUAGGCUUGGGAAUUGUGGCCACUUACUCUGGUUAUGUCAUCGGGCAAUUCAAGAAUGCUUAUCCAUGGGUUCAUAAUAUGGCCGAUGCUGGACACAUACUCUUCGAACCAUUGGGACCUCGCUGGGCUGUGUUCGGUCGAGAGUUCCUCGGCGCCGCCCAGACCAUCUUCCUGAUCUUCAGCAUGGCGAGUCAUAUUCUCACCUGGACCAUCUGCUUGAGCACUUUGACCAACGGCGCCACUUGUACGAUAGCAUGGGGCGUGGUUGGCUUGGUACUCUUCUGGAUCUUCGACAUUCCGCGGACUCUGUUGAAAGUAUCUUGGCUGUCGUGUGCCAGCUUCCUCAGCAUCGUCACCGCUGUGGUCGUCACCAUGGCUGGAGUAGGUGAGAAGAACCCAGCUGAAGGCCACUUUCGAGCGACCCAGGCUGUCCCGUUCGCAAGCGCGUUCCUCAGUGUCAGCAAUAUCAUCUUCGCCUAUGCAGGCCACGUGGCCUUCUUCAGCUUCAUCUCGGAAAUGAAGAAUCCAAAGGACUUUCCUAAAGCGCUGGUGUUGCUGCAGGUCACCGAUACCGGCAUGUACUUCCUUGUUGCUAUGGUUGUGUAUGCGUAUGGAGGUGACGACGUCGAUUCGCCUGCACUGGGGUCUGCUGGGAGCACAUUGGGCAAAGUCGCAUGGGGGCUGGCCAUUCCCACUAUCAUCAUUGCAGGCGUCAUCUAUGGCCAUGUCGCCUCCAAAUACAUCUAUGUUCGACUCUUCCGAGGUACGAGACACAUGUCGAAGAGAACCUCCCUCGCGGUCGGAAGUUGGCUUGGAAUCACACUUACACUGUGGGUGAUCGCCUGGAUCAUAGCCGAAUCGAUUCCCAAUUUCAACGACUUAUUGGCAUUGAUUUCAAGUCUUUUUGCGUCUUGGUUUACCUAUGGUGUCUCCGGUAUUUUCUGGGUCUUUCUCAACCACGGUCAGUGCUUCAAGAACUGGCGGAAGAUGUGCCUGACUGCUGUUAAUGCGGGGCUCUUCUUGCUGGGUCUUGCGAGCUGUGGUAUCGGCCUCUAUGCCUCGGGGUAUGCGAUCCACAAUGAUAAAAGUGGGAACAGUUGGACUUGUAAGAGUAAUGCAGAAUGA